GCCAACACUAGUGCCUGUUGGGACCUCCUGCCGUUCCUCUUCCUAACUCUGGACCUGAUUUCCAGCUCCUGAAUAUAAUCCGUGUAUGAUGUGCAAUCAGAAGCUGCCAGCUCUUCUUCUGGCGCUGUCCCUGGUACUACGCUGCGUCACCGCUGCCCCGAACAACAGGUAUGCAACUUUAUCCAGUGAACAAGCAGACGCGCGACCAGAGAGAGAGGGCUGGCAACUGUCCGGAAUCUCCAAGCACCCUUUCCCGAGCCUAGCUGGAGCGCUACCGCAGGGGGGGCUAACGGCAUUGAGCGGGCACCGGAUACAGAAGCGGAAGUGCAACAUGGCGACGUGUGUCACCCAGCGCCUGGCAGACUUCCUGGUCCGCUCCAGUCACACUUUAGGUCCCCUGUACGCUCCGACCAAUGUGGGCUCCAACACCUACGGCAAGAGAGACCGCCUGCAACCAACCAGCUAUCUGCCACUGUAG